GUCAUUUCGUAUCCAAGUGCGAAUUUCGAGGUAAAAAAAAUAAAAAAGGUCAUCUGAAAUAUAGUAGUCCGAUUCGACGAUUAAACACAGGAUACUGAAACUAACUUACCCUUUAGAGAAAAAAAAAAAAAACUAAGAUGGAAAUUCCUAAAUUCAAAACCCUUGAAAUCAUCCAAAAAUCCCCAAAUCCCUCAGUUUUCCAUAUCCUUCUCAACAAUCCAUCUCUCAAAAACGCCCUUUCUCUUGAUUUCUUCACUGAAUUCCCCAAAGCCCUAAUUUCUUUGGACCAAAACCCUGAGGUUAAUGUAAUCAUUCUUUCUGGUCAUGGUGAUCAUUUCUGUUCAGGUAUCGAUUUCAAUGCUUUCAAUACGUUAAUGAAGUCUCAAUCAAAGGAUCAAGGAAGGGUUAGAGAACGUUUUCGUCGUGAUAUUAAAGGUUUACAAAAUGCGAUGACAGCAAUUGAACGGUGUAGGAAAGUUGUGAUUGCAGCGAUACAUGGUGCUUGUAUUGGUGGUGGUAUCGAUCUUAUAACUGCUUGUGAUAUUAGGUAUUGCACUAAGAAUGCAUUCUUUUGUUUGAAGGAAGUUGAUUUGGCUAUUACUGCUGAUCUUGGGACGCUUCAGAGGUUACCGGGAAUUGUGGGCUAUGGGAAUGCAGUCGAAUUGGCUUUAACUGCGAGGAGAUUUACGGGGGAAGAAGCUAAGGAUUUUGGUUUGGUUUCCAAAGUUUUUGAAUCCAAGAGUGCAUUGGAUGAGGGUGUCUAUGCUGUUGCUGAGGGGAUUGCAAUGAAGUCUCCGCUUGCAGUUGUCGGAACGAAAGAGGUAUUGUUAAGAAGCAGAGACAUGAGUGUGGAUCAGGGAUUGGAUUACGUUGCUACCUGGAAUUCAGCGAUGCUUCCAUCUGCCGAUUUAACUGAGGCAGUCUCAGCCCAAAUCCAAAAGAGAAAACCCACAUUCGCUAAGCUUUGAGUUCUGAUAUUACUGGAGCCAAAAUACAAAUGCAUACUAAUAAAUCACCAGGUAUCUUAUCUGUCUAUUUUGUUAUUGUAAUAAGAGUAGAAUGUUAUAUAAACUGAAAUACAGAAUACAUACAAAUUAUGUGCCUCCAGUUUUCAUUUCCUUUUCUUGUAUUGCAGUUUUAUGUACAAACUGGGUAUAUUUGGUUAAAUCUUUUAAACAUGUAAAAUUAGUAGACAAUUUCAGAAUUCCUUUUGAAGCUUUAAAAAAAGUAUUGCCCUGUA